AUGACGGAAUAAAAUUUGGGUAAAUUAGUGAGUAGUGAUUCGUACAAUAAUAUAAAGAAUGAAGAGGGGAAGAAGAGUGAAGUAGUAGAAGAGAAUCUAUAGACAACAUAGAAAAGAGGUCAACCUAAGAUUAAUAUUAGUCGUUUACCUCCAGGUUUUGCAAACUAAAAGAGAGUAAUAUAAUAGCAAUAAAAGGAAUAGAAAAAGCAAAUAGAACCUUUGAUAAUAAAUUAGAAAUAACAAUAAGUGUAAUAAAAUAUCCAGAACAUUGAGGCUAUACAGGAGUACAAAUAGGUGAGCCAGAUGCUAGAUCCUCUGAAGGCAUUAAUUAUUCAUGAAAUUCUAGCGUGAGAA